CGCCUAGUGACGCCAAAGGACCAAAGGUAGUACUAGACGCUUGAGAUAAUAAAACAGCUAGAUACUGUCAUACUUUGACGUUCGCUUCUUUGCUUCGAUGUCGCUUCUUCAGGCAUACUCUUCCUUGUCAUCGAGCUCGCAAAGAGCUACGAUAUCGCACACACUUCAGUCAAUCGCUGGUGCUCCGCCUAUCGAUUCACCAUCCUGUAAAGCACUCAUUCAGCUUAUCCUCGAUGAUCUUCAGGCUGCCAUUAUCGAUGACUCUUCCAGCCGUUUAACCAGAGCCGACGCAUUGUCCGCCCUUUCUGCAGUCAAGGGACUUGGUAGAAUACCCCAUGGUGCCCAGGUCCUUGCAACAGUUCCUAACCUUAAACGUCUUAUAACGCUCGCCGUAAAACUCGAAGCUGCUCCUGAUGCUUCAAACGAAGCUUUGAAGUGCGUUGCCAACACCUUACUCCUCAGUGAACCUGCUCGCACCAGGUUACUGAGCCAAGACAUUGAUGGAGGAAAUAUAUGUGUCGACCUCCUCCAAAAAUCUACAACACCAGAAAACACCUUUCUCUCAUCAAGGAUCCUCUUCCUCUGUACUGCUUCCCCUCAACAGUCUGCUUCCUUCAUCGAAUCUAUCGUUGAGACAAACCGUACCCAUUUUCCUGGAAAUGGAACAAUAAUCGAUGUCAUCGCCCUCAAGUUGGAUGAUUUAAUUGCAUCCAUGCAAGCUGGAGUAAAGAUGUCCCGCGAUGCCAUGACAGAUCUCUUGAAGCUCACCUUCAAUCUCCUCGUACACUAUCCCAAAUUGGCCCCUUCCGAGGUGCAAUCUCCCGCCUUAGCUUGCUCUCCUCAUGACCAAAAGGUAAUGGGAGAUUUCUGGAAUUCGCGGCUUGACGGCAUCCUACCCACCCUUGUUCGUGCUUUUCAGACCAUCCCCCUUUCCUCUCCAAAUCCUCUUACAUCGCCGUUGACUCAUAUAAUUCAUUCCUUAAUUACUAUCCCUGUCGACGUGUCAUCCCGAGCGAUAUGGUUCGGUACUCGUCCACAUUCACACUCGUCCACCCCACAGCCCAGUUCCCCCGAGUCCGCCACUCCUCCUUUGGCUAGUUCAAGUCAUGAUAACCAGCCAACGCCUAAGGAGCCAAAGGCCAGGCAUAUCGAACGCGCCAUAUCGUCCGUCAUUUCAGCCGGUCGCCGGUCGCUCUGCCGCUCUUCACGUUCUACCUCACCUUCCACCGCUGACUGCGCCUCACGCGCUUAUGAACUCCUGGACACGACCCUUUCGCACUUCCUUCCAGGUGACAUCGAUCCUGACGAUCCUGCAGUGCGAGACCUGUGCAAGAUCGAUGGGGACACGUCCCUGGAUGAAAUCGUGUGCCCCCUCGUUAUUCUUAUUACACGAUUCUGUCUUGGUGACGACGAUGCCAAGACAAGAAUAAGACAGUGGCUAGUGCCUGAGAACCUGGACAGGACACAUCCUUUGGAAAAGAGAGGAGAUCUUUUAGGUCGGUGCUUGAGACUUCUUGCAUCCGUCUACCACAGCAGGUUGAAGGACUCUACGGGAGAAAUGUUAUACGCGAUGUGUGAUUCAAACGCUACGACCCUUGCUGGUUAUUUCGGAUACGGCAAUGUUGCCGGUUUCCUUUUUCACAAAGGCGUUGUCAGUGCACCGCCUGUCAGCGCAGCCUCAGGCGCACCACCAACCACUGCGUCAGGUUUACCCAUCAACCCCAUCACUGGCACUGUCGAGCAUCCCUCUGAAAAUAAUAUUGACAUGACUGAUGAAGAGAAGGAACAUGAGGCAGAGAAGUUGUUCGUGUUAUUUGAUCGUCUGGAGAAGACUGGGGCACUACCUCCGAGUCAGAAUCCCUAUCGCAAGGCGUUUCAAGAGGGAAAAAUGGGUUGAUCUCAAUCAGAAAUAGCGGAUACGAAGUUAUCAUGGACUUAUGAUAAUAACUUACUUAUCGAUACCAUUCCUUGUUUUUUUUCUUACCUUGAAUUCACAGUUAAUGAAAU